UCAUCAGCCUCCUCCUCUGGCUCUGUCGCUCACACACUCACUCAGGCGUGCUCACAUCUCAGCUCUCCACUCAUAAAUGACUACACAAAUAGACAUAAAUGAGCAGCAUGCAGCUGUGAGACAGCCUUCCCAGUCAUACUGAGGGGGAUCCCUCGGUGUGAACGCACCAGGGUGGAUGCAUGAAGGUGUCACGCAGCAGUAAGUGCAGCCAGGGUGAGGGCACGGCAACUCUUCAGGGAUGGGAUCUCGUCCUGAGCCCCUGAAUCUCCAGAAGAACGGCAGGCUGCUGCCGCCGCAUGCAGCCCUGGUUGAGCAGGAGGAGGACGAAGAGGAUGAGGAGGGCUCGGAGGGGAGCAUCAGCACCAGCACCAGUCGGGCAGAGCCGCAGACGAUGCCCACCUUUGACGUCCCCUACUUUCGUUACAUAGACGAUGAGGGAACAGAGGGAGAGGAGGAAUGGAGCAGCAGCAGAUCUCUGUCCUCCAUCGGCAGGGACUCCUCCGCUGACUCUGUUGUGUCUGACAGGUAUGCGGUGGUGUCAGGGACCCCCGAGAAGAUCCUGGAGCAUCUUCUGGGUGACAUGACGCUGGAUGAUGACCAAGGGACAACGCAGGGGAAAGAGUCAGAUAUGCUUCUGGAUGACUUUCUACUCACGUACCCAGUGUUCAUGUCAACCAGCGAUUUAUGUCAAGCUCUUUUGGAACACUAUUGCAACAAGCGGCACAAAAUUAAGGAGGACCUGAAAGAGGUUCUGGAGAGGAAACAGAAAGUCCUGCACCUGGUAUGGCAGUGGAUGUCUCUCUGCAAGGAGUUCCUGAGAGAGGACGAACAUGUGAAAGUCUUCAUCAAGAGUUUGUAUCGCUGUGUGUUCGAUGAUCUUUAUGAGCACCCAGCCCUGGAGAAAGAUGUGAUAGAGUUGCAGAAAUUCUACCAGCUAAGACGCAGACACACUGUGAAUGAUGAUUCACCACACAGAAAUGGUAGAGCUCUUUCCCACCAAUUGAGCUUGAAAGAGAAUGGGCUCAGAUCCAGAAUCACACAGAGAGAGAACAAGGAAGUUCUCUGCCGUGUGUACGUCACGAUGGACUCGUAUCUUAGUGCGAAGGUCCACUGUGAGGUGGUUGCUCAGGAGCUGUUGCAGGCCGUGGCAGAAAGGAUGGAUGUUCCUGCAUCUGAACUGAUACUAGUGGCCAUUACUUAUCCUGGAGGUAGACUCCUCCUGCAGCCUCAGGACAGAGUUUUCUCCAAUUCUUUACAGCCAGUGGGGAGGCUUCAUGUGUGCAGGAAGGACCUCGGUGAAGUCCUGAACCCAUUUACAGAUAACUCAGAUUUGCAACAGAGGACAGCCCGCAUGCUGACUUUAAAUACCUGGGAUGUGGCUGUUGCACUCACCAACUUUGACUGGACAAUUUUCAACUCGAUGCACGAGCAGGAACUGAUCUACUUCACCUUCAACCGCCAUGUUUGCAGUAGCUACACAAUGCCAUUAGAGAUGCUGCUGCAGCAAUGCAAUGAAGUCCAGCUGUGGGUCAUGACUGAGGUGCUGCUGUGCCCAACGCUCUGCAAAAGGGUGCAGCUCAUCAAGAAGUUCAUCAAAAUUGCUGCUCACUGUAAAGCACAGAGGAACCUCAACAGCUUUUUUGCCAUAAUUAUGGGCCUGAAUGCUGGUGCUGUAAGCCGCCUCAGUCAGACGUGGGAGAAAAUUCCUGGUAAAUUUAAGAAAUUGUUUUCCGAGCUGGAGACAUUCACGGAUCCCUCUCUGAACCACAAGGCAUACAGGGACUCAUUCAAGAAGAUGAAGUCCCCCAAGAUCCCAUUUCUUCCUUUACUCUUAAAGGACAUCACAUUCAUCCAUGAAGGCAACAAAACAUUUCACGAUAAUCUGGUCAAUUUUGAGAAGUUGCACAUGAUAGCAGACAUGGCGAGACUCAUCCGAGAGUGUCAGCAAGACCGCAUGGGAAAUGGAAUUGCCCAGAAGAGCAGCUCAGAGGUUCGAUCCUACACUGAUUACCUUCAUGUCAUCGACAAUCAGCAGACUCUGUUCGAACUGUCACACAGACUGGAGCCUCGUGCGUAGACAGGAGCUUUUUCUAUUCUUCCCACUCUGUGGAAUUGCCAAGGACCAACUGAUCACUGUCUCAGCUCGUAGUGCACAGGACUCGGUCAGCAGUCCUGUGCUGGGAGGUAUGCACGUUUCUGACUCAAACACACAAGAUGGAGUAACAUGAGGCUGUCACCAGAGACCUAAACAAGCAGUGAAAGACACAUGUGAGGAAGGCCACAGAAACAGUUUGGAUCCACUACCACGUGACUGAUUCAUUCAACUAUUACUCAACAGGAAAGCUGCAGCGCCAGCCGCUGAACUGCAAACAACAGCAGAAGCCUCUAGUGCCAGCCAUUUAUCAAGACAUCUUUAUGGGGUCCAAAGCUGCUGCUGUUUUCAUGAAGACCUCCAGAUGGCAGGAGUUAGCAAGGGAAUUUUUUCUGUUUCAAUGGCACACUGCAAUGAAUACUUCCAGUUGAUUAAUACUGUUACGCUCUCAAGUGACUUUAAAUUGCAUUAAUGGUCAUGAUUCGUCUUUCAUACCCCAACAAAAUCAAUUUAAACUUUACAUACAGUGCUAAAAAAAGGAAGAUUCCUAUUAAAACGAGUUAGAAGAGAUAUAUGGGCUGUAAAAUAACAUGGUCAUUAAAUUUCUUUCUCAGAAUCAUUGGAAAAUGAGAUUUCACCUCCUCUGUUCUGCCACUUAUGAGCUUCUUUCAGAAUGACCUGGCUAAGGCUAGAUGUUUGUUUUUUUUCAGCAUUUGGACUGUUUCUAGAACACAAAUGUCAAAAAAUUUGUAGGUUCCCUUUAAUUUUUAUUUAGACCCAAUGCUAAAAUUAAAAGUUCAAAAAAGUUUGGAAAAGAAAAAUCCCCUGGAGCUCGCAAUCAGUGAAAUCAAGAGAUCUCAAUCAAAGAAGAGAAGAAAAAGACCUGACGCUAAUUCAACAAACCGUGACAAGAGUGGGGAGUUUUAGGUCAAGUGAACUGAAGGUCCAAUUUUUGUCUUCGCUGAUUAAAAUCUAUCAAAAGUCA